AUGCUCGCCGCGACUCUCGCUCUCGGUGCAGUCCUCGUCAGCACUACGCUGGGGCAGCGGACCCAGAAGACGUUCGACCUCACGUCCCCCGUGCGCACGAUGGGCCGGAUCAGCUCCAGCUGCAGCACGACCGGCCAGAGGUCCUGCCAUAACACGACGGACCAGUCUGACAACUCCUGCUGCUUCGAGUCCCCUGGGGGCCUGCUCCUCCAGACCCAGUUCUGGGACACGCACCCGUCGUCGGGCCCGUCCGACUCUUGGACCAUUCACGGUCUUUGGCCCGACAACUGCGACGGCACGUUCAUCGAGAACUGCGACCCUUCCCGCGACUACACCGACAUCGCCGGACUUCUCACAGACCAGGGCGCCUCCGACACCUUGUCGUUUAUGCAACAGUUUUGGGUGGACAUCGACGGCCGGAACGAGAGGUUCUGGGAGCACGAGUGGAGCACGCACGGGACGUGCUACAGCACGCUCGACCCGUCCUGCCUGCCCGAGGACUCGGCCAGGGGCGCGGAGGCGGUCGCGUUCUUCCAGACGGUCGUCGAGCUCUUCAAGACGCUGCCCACGUACGACUGGCUCGCCGCUGAGGGCAUCACGCCCUCGUCGAGCACGACGUACACGCUCUCGGCUCUCACGGGCGCGCUCGAGCGCGCGGCCGGGGUGGCGCCCGCGCUCAACUGCGAGGGGGCGUACCUGAACGCGGUCGAGUGGUACUUCAAUCUCCAGGGCUCCCUCGUGGACGGCCGGUUUGUCCCCAUCGACGCGCCCAAGAGGGGCUCGUGCCGCAAGAGCGGGAUCAAGUACGUGCCCAAGAGCGGGUCUAGUACCUAG